AUGACAAGAAGCGAAAGCUCCAGUAUCUGUCCGCCAUCAGCCUCAGCCACUCCAGACACCCUUACCGCGCUUCAACUACAUGCCUUGUUCGACAUUCUCACACAUUAUGGGACAUAUUCCGAAGUGGAAUGUUUCAAGAAUCCGGAUGCUAUUUCCAAAUAUGGCUAUCCCUUUGCGUCGUCGAUAGAGGGUGCCUCCGAGCCCGUCAUCAAGAAAGAGUCUUCAGUUCCGCUUCUGGCAACCCUGCUGCGCGCCAUUGUCCUUCCGGUGCCAGGAGUCCGCGAUCUUCCAACUGAUUUCUGGCCACUCGAGUUCCAAGGAAUUAUGACCAAAUUUGGUGAAGCAAACCUGUCCGAGAGCUAUGACAAAGGGUCUUUGGGUAGUAGGAAAACCUUGGCCACUGCUGCCUCGGUCAUUCACGAAGCUGUUUCCCGGGGUCUUAUCGGUGGUCUUCCCAAGGGGUCACCCAGGGACCUAAAGGGUCACUAUGACAGGUCGAAAGCACAAGACCUUGUGCGCGCUUGGGAAGACGUAUUGCACGAACUUGUCUACGGAAGUCUCGUUGAAACGUUGUUUGAUCGUAUAGCAGAGAAACCCGACAUUGAAGGCCAUUCACUCGCCGUGCAGACUGCUGUGGACUAUAUUAUCCUUCACCUUGCGACGUUCAUGCACCAUGUAUUCGUCCUCUCCCCCGAAGGGUCCUAUCUGUUACAGAUGGUGGCGAGCGUACACAAGAUGGUACCUUAUUCGGCCAUCAAACAAACGUUUCGAAUUGGAAAUGCAGCCAGCAUGAUCAAUGGGAUCACGAAGCUCCUCCUGGCCAAAAUGAGUAUCGGAGGCCUUACUAACUGGCUCGGGCUGACACAAAAUGCGGAUGAUGGCAUGAAUCUCUUACAGAGGCAAUCUAAUACUAACAGGCGUAGAAUCAUUUCACUGGUCUUGUCGUGGGACAUGGCAGAGUUCCGGAAGGCCGCUGAACGGAUAGAAAAGGCCAAGGGUGGUCCCUCUAAGGUCCAUAUCGCAGUCAUUAAGAAGUACGUCGCCAAGUCGAGGGAAGAGCACUUAAGGAUCCGGAACAUCAGCAUAAAGCGGUCCGAGUCCAUUAUUGCCACCAUCUUCAACAAUUCCCGCCGUGGGCUUGUGGAGUCCCUGUCCAAGGAACAGCACGAGCAAUGUCUGGAAUACCUCUCAACCUUGCUUGCAAUUCGAGACCGGGAUGAGAUCAUCAAGAUUCUCUGCAAGCAAAACCCCGAUCUCUUCACCCAGGCCGUACGGGACUUUAUCGGCAGUUUCGAGCCCAUGAUACGAGCUGUUCACCAGAACAUUGACCUUCGCGAUCACGUCUCUGCAGCAGAAAGCUUCCUAACCGACCUUAUCGAAACAAGCAAGGCGAGGGAUUCUCCAGUGGCGAUCUCCAGCACAUUAACAGCAGAAACAACGAUCGAGACCCGCGCUCCUUCCAUAGAGGACUACGUCGGCUUGAUUAGGAGACAUAAACAAUCGGCCUACAACUUUUUCCACCAGGUGGCCAAGAACUGCCCUGAAAUCAAGGGGGAAUUCCUCGAGUAUUGCAAGAAGACGCUGGCGCAGUUCCGUCAGCAGCCCGAGCAGCAACCACUAUCAUGGGCCAUUCCCUCAAGCGACAGUAGCAGCCAAGCAAUCGACACCAAGCUCCGCAAGGGAGCAGCCGGAAGUCUAAGCGCCGAUAUCCAGUCGCUUUUCACCGCCCUCCCUCCCCAAGUAAAACCCGACGUCCUCGCAGCAGCAGACGCCCACGCGGCCUACCUCUCCUCCCUCGAAGACCUUUCUCUCAAGCGAAUGCAACACAUCCUCAACGACAUGAACCUCACGACCCCCACCGUGUCCUCAUUACCAGAAGUCGCAACAGCAGCAACAACAACUUCUUCCUUAAGAGACAAAUUCUCCCUAUCCGCCAGCUCCCCCUUUGGUUCUCGAGCCCCCAGCAGGCGAAAUAGCAACAGUAACAGCAACAAGAAAGCAAGCAUGUGUGGCCCCGGCAUGUUCCUCUCGCGCUGGCAGAGCCUGAUGGACGAGACGCUCAUCACCCCCCAAGUUCCCACAGGCGGCCAGGUGCGGCGCGGCAAGGACGUCAAGGGGGUGAUUGCGCAGGCGAAGACGACGGUGGGCAGCAGCGCCGUUGUGGCUAGUAGUAGUACGGAUGGGAACGGAAAUGGGGCUGCAUGGGACUCGGCGGCGCUGACGAGGUUGGUGGAAAGGGAGGUGCCGGAGCCGCCUGAUGUUCAGGUAGUGGUGAAGAUGAUGGGGAGCGGGUUUGGGGAGGUGGUGGAGAGGAGGAUGUUGGAAAGGAUAGAGGUGGUGAUCUAA